GGGAACGCCCCGUCCGCCCCGCUCUUCCGGGUGCUGUGCCGCCGCGCCAUGGACGAGCUUUGGAGCAGCGCGGCGCUGCUGAGGCGAGGGCGGGGAAGGCGCCGGCGCCAGCCGCAGCCCCUCGGCGGCUCGGUCUUGGCCCUGCCCUUGCGACCCCGGAAGAUCCGAAGGCACCGGAAAAGCGCGGCGUCCCGCGUGGCCGCGCCGAGGGCCCGCGCGCCGCCCAGCGAGGACCCGGACUCGAAGGUGGAGUCGGCCGCGGGCGAGCGGGAGGGGCCUGCCGAGCGGAGGGAGGCGGGGCCGAGGCCGGUGCCGGUGCCGGUGCCGGUGCCGGUGCCCGUGCCCCCGCCCCCGAGACCGGCCUUGGCGUCCGUGCCGCGCCGGGUGGAGGGCCGGGCCUUUUGUCCCCGCGAUCUGGGGACCCCCGCUUCGCCGCCGAGCCCGCACGUGGACGGCCCCGAGCAGCCCUGGGAUUCGCCGCUGCUGCAGGUGUUGGCGGAGCUGGACGGCAUCCCCAGCAGCCGGAGGCGCGCCGCCCGCCUCUUCGAGUGGCUCCUGGCGCCGCUGCCACCGGACCACUUCUACCGGCGGCUGUGGGAGCGGGAGGCGGUGCUGGUGCGGCGGGAGGACCGCAGCUACUACAAAGGCCUGUUUUCUACCUCCGACCUGGACUCCAUGCUGCGCCACGAGGACGUGCAGUUCGGGCAGCAUCUGGAUGCGGCGCGCUAUGUCGACGGGCGGCGGGAGACCUUGAACCCACCGGGCCGUGCUCUUCCCGCCGCUGCCUGGUCCCUGUACCGGGCCGGCUGCUCUCUGCGCCUUCUCUGCCCGCAGGCUUUCUCGCCCACCGUGUGGAAGUUUUUGGCUGUGCUCCAGGAACAGUUUGGGAGCAUGGCAGGCUCCAACGUAUACCUCACGCCCCCCGACUCGCAGGGCUUUGCUCCCCACUACGACGACAUUGAGGCUUUCGUGUUGCAGCUGGAAGGUCGGAAACUCUGGCGGGUCUACCGACCUCGGGACCCAAGUGAGGAGCUGCCCUUGACAUCUAGCCCCAAUUUCAGCCAGGAGGACCUGGGUGAGCCCAUACUGCAGACGGUGCUAGAACCUGGAGACCUGCUCUAUUUUCCUCGAGGCUUCAUUCAUCAAGCUGAAUGUCAGGAUGGAGUCCACUCUCUGCACCUCACCUUGUCCACCUACCAGCGCAAUACGUGGGGUGACUUCCUGGAGGCUGUGCUGCCUCUGGCAGUGCAGGCAGCGGUAGAAGAAAACGUGGAGUUCCGCAGGGGCCUGCCUCGAGACUUCAUGGAUUAUAUGGGGGCCCAGCAUUCAGAUUUGAAGGAUCCCAGGCGAACGGCUUUCAUGGAGAAGGUGCGGGUCUUGGUUGCCCGCCUGGGACACUUUGCUCCUGUCGAUGCUGUGGCUGACCAGAGGGCCAAAGACUUCAUCCACGACUCCCUGCCCCCUGUGUUGACUGAGAGGGAAAGGGCACUAAGUGUUCAUGGGCUCCCGGUUCGCUGGGAGGCCGGACAACCUGUGAAUGUGGGGGCCGAGUUGACAACAGAAACAGAAGUCCAUAUGCUUCAGGAUGGCAUAGCUCGGCUGGUGGGCGAAGGAGGCCGUUUGUUUCUGUAUUACACGGUGGAAAACUCCCGUGUUUAUCACCUGGAAGAACCCAAGUGCUUGGAAAUCUACCCCCAGCAAGCUGAUGCCAUGGAACUCUUGCUUCGCUCCUACCCAGAGUUUGUGAGAGUCGGGGACCUGCCCUGUGACAGUGUGCAGGACCAGCUUUCCUUGGCAACCAUGUUGUUUGAUAAGGGCUUGCUGCUUACCAAGACUCCUCUAGUUCUGAAUUAGUUUCUUGAGGAUGGCUGGAAAGGACGCAGUCAUGAUUCUUCCACUGCCACUGCCGCCUUUUUUUUUUUUUUUUUUUUUUUUUUAAGACAGGGUAUCUGUGUAGCCCUGGCUGUCCAGGACACCUGGCUCAGCCUUUUGUUUUCUUUUUUCAAGAAGUCCUGCUUUUACCCUGCUUACGUGUCAGUGUGGUUGCGUUUACUUACCUUUAGUAUUGCUUCAGUGUCACAAACCUCAGACCUCUUUCUUCUAGGAUGAACCUCUUCAUCUAGGUACAAAAGUAAACACAAGUUGAAGCCGGGGCCAGGGAGUUCUUUUUGCAGAAGUAACCUAUCUCCAUCAUUUGAGAACACCAAGUUCAUUCCCUGCAGGCUCAGUGUAUUGUGGAGCAUUGGCUGUGCUGUUCUACCUGAGACAUAAGUGAUUUUGAUACCAAAGUUGCCUCCCUGAGAGGUUUUUUUUCAGUUGGUGGGGUGGAGUGGGGUGGGGUGGUAUCCUGUGUGUUAAGUUUGUAUGAUCAUUAGAUUUAUUAAAAAGUGCCAAAGACCAUUCCUCUUUUCUAGAUUUUUGGAGGUUGAUUUGAAGAAGUGUGGGACAAGGAAGAAGAUAAAACAUGGCCGAGUUGGACCAAACUUCCCCAAAUCUGGCAAGUGCAUAUUCUCGUGAUUGGUGGAAGAGAGCCUAGUGCACCAGAAAGAGCACUUGGAACCAGAAGACCUGGGUCUGGGGUGGUGGCUGGCAGGCAGCUGGCUGAAUGACUCAAGUCUGCUGCCUACAGAUGUUUGGCUGUGUCAACUUGUGGAUUGCCAUCCAACUAAGAAGCCCUGGCUUAAGUCAGAGAAGUACAUAAUACUUAAAGAUACUCUACGUUACGAAUAAGAGGCAGCAAUGAGCUACGAGAUAGAAGUGGAAAGUAGGAAGACUCCAGGCCAGCCUUGCCAAGAAGCUUCCUGGAGGCAGAGACAAUAAACUUACUAUGCAGAUCUUUCCACCGAUCCGAGAGAAAGUGCGGCAGGCCUUGAUUCGGUCUUCCCACUGCCUGCUGUUGAGCUCGACAGCAAGCAUGGUGUGGAUCAGCGGCUGAGGGAGAGGAAGACUUGCAUGGAUAGUCUCGCCGUGAGGUGCUAAUACUAAAGACUGUAUACCCUGACACGGCACCCGGCAGUGUAAAUGCCCCCAGGCAUGCCAUCUUAUUAAGGGACAGAGUGGGUUUAUAAGAUCUCCCCUCUACCCAAGCAAUCCGACUUGGGUUAUAAAUCAGAAAAGAAAACACAGAACCAAUAAUCUGAGCAGAAAAUGAGGACCUUCUCUUCCUGACUAUUUUCAGUCCCCAGAAUGGUCUGUAUCUGCUUCAGUCUGUGUGUCUCAGUGUUUCUACCUGAAGAAUUAAUGGAGUUGUUGGGUCCUCAGUGAUAACCAUCCGAGAAGCAGAUCUGCACAUGACUCACCCUUUUUACUGUUAGGAAUGUCUGUUAGCUUCUCACACCUUGUACAGCUCUCCAUGUCCAGUUUCCCAGACUUGGUGUGCUUGGCCUAUGCUUACCAUCCUCAGUCACCUACAUUCUCCCCUUAUGUGCACUACUCCCUCAUUUUCGUCUCCGAAGUGGACACAUACCGUCUUUUCACAAAGAUGACUCAGGAGCAUGCAAGCCUGUUCCUCAGUUGCCUUAUUCUUCUUGUUAAAGAGCUGGUGAAGGAUUCUCUUAAUCACUGGGUAGGUGGCAGUAUCUUCCAGAGCCAAGCACUGAGCUGCAGCCCAGCUGUCCACACUGUUACCUGCCCCCGAGGGUGGAAAAACUGUUGAGAACAAUGUUUCCUCCUAGAGAGCACCGCCUUUGAAUGGGUACCAAGACUGUUGUUUGCCUGAGUGUUCACUUUCCCAUAUCCCACUGAGUCUGGGACUCUAAUCCCUAGUUCAACCAUAUGGACUAUAUUAAGGUUUUAAAACAAAAAAAAAAAAAAACUAGAAAAAAGUUAUUUUGGGAGCCUAGGUCUAGCCUAGUCUUAAACCCACUGUGUGGCAGAAGAUGACCUUCAGCUUCUUUAUGGCGAAGAGUACUGGUGAUAGAAUCCAGGGCGUAGAGCCUGGGAGCAAAGCCCUCACCACCAAGCCACUGCCUCACUCCCGACCUUGUUUCUUGUUGGUUUGGUUUGGUUUUUAGGAUGGGUUUCUGUGUAGCCUGGCUGUCCUGGAACUCCAUCUGUAAACUAGGCUGGCCUCGAACUCCUAGAGAUCCGCCUGCCUCUGCCUCUAUUAUGCAGGGAUUAAAGGCACCACUGACCAGUUCUGACCUUGACACCGCUGCCUCUAUCUUUCAAGUACCAGAAUUAAAGGUGAAUGCCCUAAGGCUUGGCUAACACUUGUGAUCUAGCUAAAGAAGUGCAGCUUUUUCUUUCCAUGAAGAUUGGGAGAGCUACAGGGGACUAGGUAGAAGUCCAUUCCUAAAACAGGUGAAUUAGGCAGUGGAUUAUUUAUUUACAGAAGGCUAGACUAGUCAGCCAGUUUUCCCAUGCUAAGGCAAGAAACACCUCAUCUCAAGACAGGUCGGCAGCCUCUUAGGACAGCUUUGUUAGCUCCAACAUCCUAAUGCCUAGGUGUUACUGUGCGGAAACUGGAAGCACGGUGUGCACGGGUUAAUUUUAAAAACUUAUAAAAUGUACUUAGUACUGUUAUUUUAUAUUUUCAAUAAUAAAAUGUCGCAUAGGA